AUUGUGCAUUAUACAUUUUUUUUAGUAAGCAAUUUUAAAUUGACUUAGGCAAUAUAUAUGACUUUACGGUUUGUUUCAGGUGAUGAAACGCUUCCAAACCAACCAGUGAGGCAGUAUGCUCGGCCCUCUAGAAAGAAACAAGAAUUCCCAAGUCAGCUUCAAGACCUGCAUCCAUCCAUGCUGAAGCAUGAAUAUGCAUCUGUCCCACUUGCACAAUCGGUUGACGAUGUGGUGAAGAAACUGCUUACGCUGGAGUUUGCAAAUCAUAGUGAAAAACUGCGUUUGAAAGAGGAACAGCUCAUUGCCAAGGUUCAGAGGGAUGAGAAUGACCGCAGCUCAACAGAAGUCAAGGUGGCGAUUAUGACAGCGCGUAUUCGCAACUUCCAGGAGCACUUGCACAAACACCCCAAGGAUAAAGCCAACAAAAGAUGGAUGCUCAUGACCAUCGACAGCAGGAAGAAAAAGUUGAAGUUUCUGAGAAGAACCCGUUAUGAAUCCUUUGUGAAGGUGUGUCAAGAGCUCGGAAUCACGUACACAUUCCCUCCUGAAUUCUAUCGGCGGGUCACCCGACGUUGGCUUGCCAAAAAGGCCUUCUGCAAUAAGGUCUUUAAAGAGGUCCAGAAACAAAAAGCAGAGCAGAGAGAGAAACAAAAAGCAACGGAGGCUAAAGAAAAGGAGCUAACGUCCUCCAAAUAACCACAAAGAACUGCAGUGUAGAGAC